AUGCGUCCCCUCUCGCUAGCAAGUGGCUCUAGUGGCGAUAAAGUCAUACCCUCUGAUGCCCUGGAACCAAUCGCUAUCGUUGGUCUAGCCACCCGCUUUCCGCAGCAAGCAACGACUACUGAAAGUCUGUGGGAACUUCUCCUACAGGCCCGCUCGACGUGGUCAUCGAUACCCAAAGAACGCUUCAACUCAGACGCCUUCUAUCAUCCUGACCCUGAGCAUGGUGGAACAUUCCAUGUCCAAGGAGGUCAUUACCUCUCAGAAGACCCCGCCUACUUCGAUGGCUCCUUCUUCAAUAUCACCAAGAAUGAGCUCUUGACAUUGGAUCCGCAGCAGCGGCUGGUACUGGAAAAUGUCUACCACGCCUUGGAAAAUGCAGGAAUUCCAUUGACCGGUGCUGUUGGCUCCAACACAUCGGUUUUUGUCAGUGGAUUCAACCAUGACUACCUUGGUAUCCUCAAUUCAGACCCGGAAACCACUUUGAAAUACAAGCCCACAGGUGUUACCAAUGCCAUUCUGUCCAACCGUGUUAGCUGGUUCUUUGACUUCAAAGGACCUAGCAUGACCAUCGACACGGCUUGUUCUAGCAGCUUGGUGGCUUUGCAUCUCGCUGUACAGAGCUUACGCGCUAGAGAGACGAGCAUGGCUGUCGUCAGUGGCGUGAGCAUUCUUGAAAAUCCCGUGGAAUCCAUCGGGAUGAGCCACCAUGGUUUGUUGGGACCUCAAGGGCGGUCUUUCAGCUUUGACUCCCGUGCCGAAGGCUAUGCACGAGGCGAAGGCGUGGGUACAGUUGUAGUGAAGCCUUUGAGUGCUGCCAUCAGAGACGGAGAUACCAUUCGUGCGGUUAUUCGGGAGACCGGAGUCAACCAGGAUGGCCGCACGCCGGGAAUCACAGUUCCCAGCGCAGAUGCUCAAGAAAGAUUAAUCCGUGAGGUCUACUGGAGAGCUGGUCUGGAUCUCGAACAAACAAGAUUUGUUGAAGCCCAUGGCACAGGAACAAGCACCGGUGACCCAAUCGAAGCGGGUGCUCUUGCGAGAGCAUUCAAAUGUCGCAGAGAGACUCCUUUGUACGUCGGGGCCAUCAAGUCCUCUAUUGGGCACCUGGAGGGUGGCUCAGGUGUGGCAAGCAUUAUCAAAUCUAUUUUAACCCUCGAGUCUGGGAUCAUUCCUGCGAACUUUGAUAUGAAGCAGACAAAUCCUUCCAUUCCCGCAGUGGACUGGGACAUUGCAUUCCCUACUGAGGCUCUUCCAUGGCCAUCAUCGGGGCUGCGAAGAGUAUCUGUUAAUUCAUUUGGAAUUGGUGGCACGAAUGCUCACUGCAUUCUUGAUGAUGCUUACCACUAUCUCAAUGACCGUCGUCUUACAGGUGCCCACCGCACCACAUCUACUGUCCCCACAACCCAGAAAAUCAAGAGCCGACUCUUGGCCCUGUCCCGAUCAGGAAAUGAGCCAAAUGAUAUUGUGACAGAUUCACUCGAUGACAGCGACCAUCUUGGGCAAGAGAACAAAUUUGUGGACACACCCACAAGCGAUGUUUUUUGUGCAUCACCCACAUUCACUUCGUCAACAUACACCAGCUUAGUCGAGAAACCAAAGGUGUUCUUGCUCUCAGCUUUCGACGAAGAUGGCGUCAAGCGGAACGCAGGUGAAUUCGCCAAGUACUUGAACCGGAGAACGACACAGUCCGUUCUCCCUGACCAUCUCCUUGAUGAUCUCUCAUUCACCCUGUCAAAGAAACGAUCCCAGUUCCUUUGGAAGAGUUUCGUCAUGGCAUCCUCGGUCAAAGAGCUCGCAUGGAACCUGUCGGAAUCAAAUUUUGCGAAGCCAGCCAGAAACACCAGAGUGCCAGAGGUUGAAUUCGUUUUCACUGGUCAGGGAGCUCAAUACCAGGCCAUGGGUCGAGAGCUCAUGAUCUAUCCCGUUUUCCAAGAAUCUGUGGAGGAAGCAUCGGAGUAUAUCCGCAGACUCGGGAGUCCGUGGUCGCUACUUGACGAACUCCUGACUGAAAGAGAGACACCCCGAGUCAACUUACCCGAAAUCGCUCAUCCAUUGUGCACGGUUUUGCAAAUUGCGCUCGUGGAUCUCUUGGCUAGCUGGGAAAUAUUCCCAAAACGUGUAACGGGUCACUCAUCCGGGGAGAUAGCUGCCGCUUACUGCUCUGGCAAACUGUCCCGCGAAGGCGCCUGGAAGGUUGCAUACUUCCGUGGAUACGUAUCAUCUAAGCAGCUUUCCGCAAAUGGAGCGAUGAUGGCUGUGGGUCUGGGUGCAUCACAACUACAGCCAUAUCUGGACUCUGUGAAAAAGGACAACACCGGGGAGCUCAUCAUCGCCUGCCGCAAUAGCCCCAAGAACAACACUGUGUCUGGAGAUGACGCUAUGAUUGACUGCCUGAAGAAUAUUCUCGAUGCUGAUAGCAUCUUUGCUCGAAAGUUGAAUGUCAAGAAUGCUUAUCACUCAGCCCACAUGCAUGCGAUUGCCCAGGAUUACCUUCGCCUGAUGGGAACACUACCUUAUGGAAGGAGGCUGGCAGCCCCACGCCCAGUGCAUAUGUUUUCCACUGUCACGGGGCAGCAAGUUGAAGAACAUCAUCUACCUGCUCAAUAUUGGGUGGAUAAUAUGGUUUCCCCUGUUCUUUUCACAAGCGGGUUGGUUGCAAUGACCUCAAGACCAAUUUCCAGCAAUGGUUCCACCGAUUCCACCAAUUCUUUGCGCCUUAUCGUGGAAAUAGGGCCUCACUCCACCCUUCAGAGUGCCAUCAAAGAGACACUAGCUUUGAAGAGCCCAAAGUUGGAAUUCAAGUACUUGGCCGUUCUCAAACGGACAGAUCCCAGCCUUAACACUCUAAUCACUACAGUUGGAUUUCUAGCUUCAAGUGGAUGUGAGCUAGAUUUUCAUGCUGUGAACCAAGCUUCUAGAUCUAAGGCAAGAAGGCGGCCUAGACUUUUGGUGGACCUGCCACCGUACAGCUUCAAGCAUACCGAGAAGAUUCUAUUUGAGAGUCGAAUGAGCAAGAAUCUUCGAACCCGGAAGUUCCCUCGUCAUGACCUUUUUGGUGCCCCAAUUACGGAUUGGAAUCCUACUGCUCCCAGAUGGAGGCAUUUUGUCCGAUUGAACGAGAACCCCUGGCUAAGGGAUCACAUGGUUACUGGCAACUAUGUCUACCCUGGCGUGGGGUAUCUGAUCAUGGCGAUUGAAGCAUCGAGGCAGUUGGCCGGCGAGGCAAAGAUCACCGGUUUCGAGCUGCGCAAAGUCAACAUCCGAAGAGCGUUGAUCGUACCUGAUACCAAAGAAGGAAUUGAAGUCUCUUUGGCAAUGUCAACUGUCGAAGACUCCUUAGCGUCGUCGCGAACGUGGCGGCGGUUCCAAAUAACUUCCUAUAAUGCAUCAAGUGGCGAGUGGACAGAACACUGCAUUGGCAACAUCACCGUCGACCUCGAAACAGCCUUUGACCCAGUGGACAAUGGCCGCGAAGCAGAAGAAGAAGGCCGAGCAUGGGAAUCUGAACUUCUCCACACAAAUGAGACAUGUACCAAAUCCAUGCCCUUCAAAUCCACAUACAACAACCUCCAAACAUCCGGCCUCAAUUUCGGUCCUUUGUUCCGGAACCUUACAGACGUUCGCGCAAGUGGGCACGGGCUUGGUAAAGUUGUUGGAUCAGUGACGGUCCCAGACAUCGCACAGUCUAUGCCAAAGCAGUAUCUACAUUCUCAUCUCAUCCACCCUGCCACAAUGGAUAGCAUGAUCCACUUGAUGAUCGCGGCUGUUCUCGACUUUACUAACAAGUCCACUCUGGAUCAGAUCAGACUGCCAACUUUCAUACGCGAUGUCUGGGUUUCAGCAGAUCUGAAUUCAGCGCCAGCCCAUAAAUUCACAGGACAUGCAACCGUAUCCAUGGUUGGAUCUGAUAAAUUCGAGGGCCAGAUCCAAAUGCUGGACGAGGGAACAAACACACAGCGCAUCCGAAUGGACGGUAUCGAGCUCACUCCACUGGAGUCUGGUCUUGCUGGAAGUAAUGAGCGCAAACUGUGUAGCGCGAUUGAAUACAAGCCCGACGUCCAUUUCCUCGACUCAAAAUCGGCCUGUGCAGUGACCUCUCUCGAUGCUACCAAUGAUACAGAGGCUCUAUAUUGGGUGAAGCGUCUUCAGCUUGCAACAAUGCUCUAUGUCAUGGAUGCACUGGAGGAGCUCAAGGACAUUGAUGUUAUGAAAUUCGACUUGCACAUGCAAAGAUUCUUUGACUGGAUGGAGCAUAUGCAAGGCUUGCUCGAGAGAAAUCAAAUAAUCCAUCUGCCCUACAGCGAAUUCAAGGAAGCAUUUCAGAAUGAGGCUUUCAAGGAAGCCAUUGGCAAGGAAAUCGAGGCCCAUAGCGCCGAAGGUGCCAUCACAGCCCGAAUGGGCCGCAAUAUUGCCCAAGUUGUGCGCCAGAAGACUGAUCCGCUACAUCUCAUGUUCGGUCAAGACGCCGUAAUGGAACAGGUGUACAAGGAAGGCCUCCACUUAUAUAACCUGCCGCAGCAUUUAAAGAGUCACUUGUCUCUACUUCGGCACCAGCAUUCCGAGCUGAACAUCCUCGAGAUAGGUGGUGGCACGGGCAGCUUCACUGCUGAAGUCCUGGCCGUUCUCUCACCAGACCUUGCAAAGAGCAAAGGCAACAUUGCUAGCUACACAUUCACCGAUAUCUCAUCCGGCUUCUUCGAGAAAGCAAAGCAGCGUUUCCAAUCAUGGUCUGAUAUCAUGAACUUCCAAUCGCUCAAUAUCGAGCGAAGCCCUGUCGAUCAGGGACUUCAGCUGGGGGCAUAUGACCUGAUAUUCGCUGGCAAUGUUAUUCACGCCACUGCAAACCUACAGAACGUACUGCAGAACCUUCGAUCUCUGCUGAAGCCGGGUGGUCAGCUUGUUAUGCAGGAGGGCAUCCGACAGGAUUUCCUUUGGUAUCCACUUGUUUUCGGCCAGCUUGCUGGGUGGUGGCUGGGUGAUGAGCCGUGCCGUCAGUGGUGUCCCUAUAUCCCGGCCACAGAAUGGAAUCCCCUGCUGCUGAAAGCGGGAUUCUCGGGCAUUGAUGUCGAGUAUCCCAGUUCAAAUGAUCCAGAUUUGACAUGGCAGAGCAUUUUGGUUUCUUCUGCCAUAGAAACUCCCAAGGAGGAUUCAUUGAAUACUGCGGUUAUCCUUACGCUCGGCACAUCAAAAGCUGAGCAGGUCAUUGAGAACCUCCAAGGGCUUCUGUCGGAACUGGGAUACACGACUAUUCUCGUGAAGGGGCCGGAAGAAGUGGGAAACUCCGUCUUGUCGGAUGCAGUUUGUAUAUCACUGAUGGACUUGGAGUCUCCUUAUCUGUUCGAUAUGAGCGAAGCGGAAUACGGCACACUCAAGAAAAUGCUCAUCGAAAGCCAGAAUUUACUAUGGGUGACCUGCGAUCCAACCACUCAGCCGCACGCAAGUAUGAGCCUUGGCCUUCUCCGAACUGUGCGAUGGGAGCGGGAUGCAGAUGGCUCAAAUAUCGUCACCCUGACAGAGGCGGAGUCAGAAAACACUUCCCCAAAGAUACUUGCUACAGCUAUUGGCAAGAUUGUCAAGCGGCAAUUCGUGAACAAGCCGGAGAACGAUCGCCACGCUGAGUACAUGUUGCAGAAUGGUCUUAUACACAUUGGCCGUUUGAACGAGUGGGAGGCCGCGGAUCAGUUCCUUGCUGCGCAGUCCUCUCAGCAAGCUCCUCAACUUCAACGCCUCGGUGAUUAUGAUACUACCAUUGAGUUGCAGGAGACUGCUGUUAGCACCGGGGAAUACCACUGGGUCAUUGAUGCGCAGCAUGAAGAACCGCAUAAAGACACCGAGGUCGAGGUCGAGAUCCGAGCAAUUGGUCUCUCUUCGGGUGCUUCCGCCGGCCGCCUCGCGAAUGAGAUUGCUGGUGUUGUGAGCAAGGUUGGACCGAAAGUCAAAGGCCCAGCCCUGGGUGACAGAGUCAUCUACAUCUCGGGUGACGAAAAGGGUGGUUGUGUCCGAACACACGGUCGAGCUGAUCAGCGGCAGCUCGUGAGAAUCCCCGAUGAGAUCUCAUUCGAGGUCGUAGCCGGUUUAGCUUGGGCAUACGCGACAGCGAUCCAAGGACUCGGGGAGAUAGCUCAUCUGGCACCGGAAAAUGCUAUCUUGAUCUACACCAGUGCAACGGAUAUCAGUCAAGCGGCCAUUCAAUAUGCCCAGAUGAUCGGAGCUACAAUCUACGCUACUGUGGGAACGGUUGAAGAACGUGAUUUGCUUGUCUCUGACUAUGGUAUCUCUCAAGACCGUAUCUUCUCUAGGAGAGAUCUGAGCUUCGUCAAGGGUAUCAUGCGGUGCACACAGAAUGCUGGGGUUGAUGUAGUUUUCAACACAAUAAGCGGCGAGGCACUCCGGGGAUCAAUCUCAUGCCUUGCUCCAUUUGGGACAUUUGUUGAUGUGUCGAAUCGGGAUCUACGAGCUGAUACUACAGUCGAGCUAGCCUCCUUAGCUCGAAAUGUGAGCGUCCACACUGUCGACAUUCCUUUACUGGCUCAGCAUCAACCAAAAUCAGUUCGUCUUCUGCUGACAGAGGCACUGAGAUUGUAUUCUGAAGGCAAGAUCCGCCAACUUCGAAUAACAACUGUCAUGGACUUCACCCAAAUCAAAGAGGGUAUUCGGGCUGCGCAGAGCGGAGAAGUAGCAAAGGUUGUGAUCGCACCCAAUCCAUCUAACAUGGUACCUGUCGUCCCACGACCACUCUGGCCAUGUCACUUUGACCCGCACGCCUCAUACGUCCUUGCCGGUGGCUACGGAGGCUUGGGUCGCAGUUUAGCACGAUGGAUGGCAUCUCGCGGCGCAAAAAGCCUGAUUAUCCUAUCUCGCUCAUCAGCUUCGAGCCCAGAGAAGAUGGAGUUGAUUGCCGAUCUCGACAGAAUGGGAUGCAAAGUCCAUUCGCUAGUCUGCGAUGUGGCCGAUGUCUCCACCCUCCAACAAUUGUCCGCAGAGGCCUUUCCCAAUCUACCUCCUAUCAAAGGAUGCAUUCAGGGAUCUAUGGUCCUACGGGACGGCGCCUUCGCCGGAAUCUCCUUCGAAGACUGGCAAGCAGCCAUCAGACCCAAAGUUCAAGGCUCCUGGAACCUGCACACAGUCCUACCAGAUAACAUGGACUUCUUCAUCAUGCUCUCCUCAGUGGCAGGCAUCUUCGGUAACCGCGGACAAUCUAAUUACGCCGCAGGCAACACCUUCCAAGACGCACUGGCUGCAUACCGGGUCUCAAAAGGCAUGCAGGCCGCCAGCAUCAACCUGGGCAGUGUAUCCAAUGUGGGAUGGGUAGCCGAGAACCGAAGCUCGAUGCGCACGCACACAGCAACAUUAUUCGAGCUUCUCCGCGAAGAAGAAGUCCACUCAACAGUCGACUUCCUCAUCCGCGAUCAGCAGGACGGCGGUAAUGCAUCAUCGCGCUCGCAACUCGUCCUCGGUCUACCGACUGCAGAGAUGUGUCGGCAGAACGGCGUGCCGCUGCCCACGUACCUGAAUUACUCGAUGUUCACGCACUUCCGGAACACGGCGACUGCGAAGAGUCGCGAGGUCUCUCAGCAGAAGACUGUUAGCACUGCUGCGCUUUUGUCGGCGGUUUCUGGCUUCGAGGGUGCUGUGGUUGUUGUGUCCGAUGGGAUUGUUGAGAGACUUGCUUCGCUGCUUGCUAUUCCCUCUUCGGAACUUGAUGCGCAGCGCUUCGGCUUUGGGGGUAUUGACUCACUUGUUGCUAUGGAGUUCCGGGCGUGGAUUGUUAAGGAGCUUAAGGCUGAGGUGUCUUUGCUUGAUAUUAUGGGGGCGGAGAAUAUUAGGGCUUUGAGUGAGAAGAUUGCAGGCAGGAGUCGUUUGAUUGCAGGAGGAUCUGGUUCUAGAUCUUCCUGA